AUGACUCGAAUCCAUACAUUAUCAGAUAUAGGUGAAGGCAAAAAACUCGGAGACAUACCAUACAAUCGAUAUCCAGCUAGUCGAGCUGAACUUGAAAAUCAACUUGUUUAUGCAAAUCAAGAUCGAGAAAUUGCUAUAGAAUGUGCUCUUUCAGGAUCGUCCAUAGAUAAUAAAUCAGGAUUUUCGGAUUUACACGAGUUAAAGUAUGGUCUAAGUGCGGUUGAAGUGCGGUUGUCGGAAAUAUACUUAUGUGUCAUAGACACUAGCUCCGCUAUAAAACAAAGCAAAAAAAAAUCUCUAUCGAACCUAAACAUCGAAAAAUGGUUGAAUGGACAGAUGCUCAAAUCCGUAUACUUAUCGAUGAGCGUAGAAACAGAAAUGAUGAAUAUCAUAAUCUUGGAAGGAAUCGAAUCAGAUUUUGGGAUGGCAUUGCGACCAGGAUUAAUCAAGAGCAUAAUACAAGCUUUAACGGGUACCAAUGUAAAGAAAAAUUUAUGA